AUGAAUGAUCAUAACUACCAUGCAUCUGACUUGUCGCCGACCUCGGACCAUGAGAGUUCUUCGAGAGAGGAUACUAGAUCAUGGAAGAAGAGAGUGUCGACUGCUUGUCUGGCUUGUAAAAAGUCAAAACGGAAGUGCUCGGGAACACCGCCUUGCGAUAACUGUCGUGCCUUUCAGCGCACUUGCAUAUUCGAUGAAUCCCUUGACCAGCGCCGCCGUGUUGCUGCCAAACGAACUGCUGAUGAACUGGGCUACCACCGCGACCUUUUAAACGAUCUGUUCAAGUUAGUCCGUGAAGCAGACGAGUCUCGCGCAUUGGCGCUACUGGACAUAAUCCGACGUAAUGCUCCUCCCCAUGAGGUCAGGUCCUAUAUCAACGAAACGCUGGCCACCCUUGGUGCAAAUAAUACCACACCCCGUGAGGCGGUUGCUAAAUUAGAGGAUGCACGCCACCUCCUUAGUGUCGAAGCUGAUGGCCCUGCGUUUCGAAGCAAGGUGAUGGAUAUACAUUAUCUUUGUGAUGAGGCCCCGUUGAAGGUUCCUGCACAUCCCUGGACGAACGUCACAAACGAUGCAGAUCUGGUGUCGAACCUCGUCUCGCUUUAUUUCACCUGGGACUACCCAUUUCAAGGAGGUUUGGACCGAGAUGUCUUUUUGAAACAUAUGGUUGCCGGAGACCUGCGAUCGGAGUUUUGUAGUCCCUACCUGGUGAAUGCGAUGCUGAGUAAUGCCUGUUAUUUUUCAGAGUUCUCCGAAGCAUAUGGUGUCCCCGGAAAUAUAUCUUCCAAAGGCUGUGAUUUUCUUGCCGAGGCCGAGAGACUGAAAGAAUUGCAGAGCCCCCAGCCUAGUCUUGUCUUACUGCAAGGAACGCUUCUCAUGUAUGAGAGAUAUGCUAUGUCGCACAACAACGACCAGGGCUAUAUCACAUUGCAUGAAGCUAUCCGAAUUGGUGAAUCACUGGGAUUGGUUGGAGACAAGGGGCCACGAAUAGCAUCGGAUCAGCUAUCGAGGGACAUGGAUUCGUCGUGCAGACGGGCAGCGUGGGGACUUUUCAACAUCGACACGAUGAUCCAUACUGGCUUUCUCAGGCCAUCUUUGAUUGAUCAUGUCAACCUUCCCCGUAUUGAGGAUGAUUUCUCCGGUGGUCAGUCCCAAUGGACUCCUUAUCCGACGCAUCGGAAGCCACGCCCAUCGUAUUUCAAACCAUUCUUCGACGAAGCGUGCAACUUAUCCACUAUCGCGCGUGAUAUUUCACGUAGCAUGUUCGCCGGCGAUAACCGGGAUAAGUCACUCCAACGCCAUAAUCGAGAGGUAUUAUAUGAACGACUCCUCCGGUGGCAGGCCUUGUUACCCGAUGCAUUUGCCUCAACGGACCCGCCACCGCAUAUACUUUUGUUGAAAAUGCGUUACCAUACCUUGAUCAUCAAUUUAUUCAGCUGUAUUUCCGACAGCGAAUUCUCGAGCAUUACACCCGAAGCACCCCAUACACCCGAAAGCCCUCCAAGACAAACGCCCGAGUCCAAGUAUAAUGCUUGGGAGGUAACGCAAUUGGCAGCGCGGGGCAUUGCUGAGCUCGCGCAGCUACAUCGACAAGAAUAUGGAUUGAGCCGCGCACACCAAUUUGCCAUGUACGCCAUCAACCUUGCGCUAUUCACCCUAUUAGAACAGGAAGGGUUUGACGUCGUUGACGAAGAUUUUCUCGCCCUGGCAAGCUCAUUUUCCAUUGUUGCUAGCCGAUCGGCACUCGGGCGAAACCUGUUUCACAUCUUCAGACAAUCCGUGCGGGCCAAGGCUCAGGGUGAUCGGAUUCGAAGGGCAAGUUUAAUUUCGGAUGAGCUCAAAGACCUUUUUGAUGAAGAAUCAACUGGGAGAGGUCGUGAUCGAUUUGAUGAUUAUGCCGAUGGGUUGGAGAAGCUAAAUCAAGAACAAAAAUAUCAUGGCAUUGGUAGGGAGGGUACCAAUCUUCAGGAUUAUCCUGGAAUGGGGCUUUCGGAUAUGCUUGAUCGUGCGGCCAUGAGUUCUCAAAAUAAUUCACCGCACCAAGAACCUACCCCGAGAAGCACGGGUUCGUACUGGGUGCCACACACCAACCCAAGCCCUCAAUCGUCUCUCGCCCCACAAGACUUCAUCUAUGCGGGCAAUACCGCGCCAUUCACGCCACAUACACUAGUCCAGACAUUUCCCACCUUUGGCCCUACUCCGUCUGCUUCCAGCACAGAUUUAGGUCGUACUCCCGAUUCGCUACCUCUAGAAAAGGUCGCGAUACCCCGGAUACCGGGCAUCACCAACGCGCAGGCGCGACGACGUUCAACGCGUGCAUGCGAAUCCUGUCGACAGCGAAAAACAAAAUGCGACGGUAAACGCCCGAUCUGUGGACAGUGUUUAUACCACAACAAUCGCUGUGUCUACGAGGAGGUAAAACGAAUUCGCGACGAGAAUAAAAUUAAGUCCCUCUCGACGCGCGUGGAAAAAUAUGAGAAAAUUCUUCGCAGCAUUGAGAGUGAAGUCGACGGCCCGACGGCACGAAAAAUUAGAAAAGCAUUGAAUUGCAAAGAAGGGAAAUCCCCACAACCUGAAGAUGGGUAUGGCUCUGAUAGCUCAUCGUCGGUGGGGUCUCUGGAAUCUGUCGAUGUAGUCGGCGAAGAUCUGAACCGUAACGAGCAUACGCGUGCUGCCGGCUUCUUCGGCAAAAGCUCCGAGGUGGCCUGGAUUCAGAAACUUGAGGACAGUGUAGGACAAAGCACUAGUCAGGACAUGUCUGACUCUCCUCACCUGGAAAAUUCAGAGAGCUCCCGAGAUUCCGCGCCUCCAAAUGACAAAAUAGCCAGGGAUAUUCCCAUUGCUAUGAUGAACUAUCAUUUGGAUGAACUGGAUAUCCCUGAUGUGGACUCUCAGUUGGACGAAUUUGGAAUGCCGCCAAGGGAACGGGCUGACGAGUAUUUCCAUGCUUAUAUGACAUUCGUCAACCCUUUCUUCUGUGCUAUUCGCCAGUCGACUUUUACACAACAGUAUCUUCAGUACUUUAACCUGCUAUCUGACCCAACUCGCAAGGUUACUCCGCCGCGCAAAUGGCUGGCGGUGCUGAAUAUGAUCUUUGCUAUCGGUUGUCGACAUUGUCGAUUGAUGGACCACACUAACAGCGGCAUGUAUGAAAAUCAUGUUGUAUUUUUGUCGCGAGCGAGACGACUAAGUCUGCAGGACGAUAUUCUUUUCGAACAUACUGGACUUCAGCAGAUCCAGUUGGAGUUCUUGGUUGCUGUCUACCUGCUUUGCACUGGACGGGUUAAUAGGGCAUCUAAAUUCGCCAACAUGGCCCUCCACUCGGCCAUAUCACUUGGGAUCAACCUACGUCUUCUGGACGAGAGAACAGACCGCGCUUCGAAAGAAGCCCGUUGUCGCUUAUGGUGGUCCAUAUAUUCCCUAGAGCAUAUUCUGACAUCCAUGCACGGCCGAGUAUCUCGCGUCGGAGAGCAUCUCUGCUCAGUCCAACUUCCAACCCCAGUUGAAGAAGAGACAUUCGACGAACCAGAGAUUCAACGUCUAUUCCUAGACAAAGCAUCUAGAAUCGAAGUCUCCGCCACGCUCUUCGAGAAAAUCAACCAGCCAAACCCAGUCCCAUCCUGGACUUUCUCCGUCCCACCCGGUCCAUCCCUCUUCUUCCACUACCUAGUAGACCUCUUCCUCAUCUCUCAAUCCGUACUGAACAAAGUAUACAGUAUAGAAGGAAUUCGAGAAGGAACAAGUCAAACAGAAUACCGUCUCCAGAGAUACGCUCUACGCAUGGAUCGCUGGCUCUCAAAGUUACCUCCAAGCUACCAAUUCACCCAACCAGACGCCGGUCCAUGGCGUCUCAACCACGCCCAACUGGACGAUGAAUCACUCCCCAAUACGCGCGAACGAGUCUGUCUGGCAAUGAAUUAUUAUUCCGCCAGAAUAUCGCUUUGCAGACCUUGUUUAAGUUUCAAUCACCGCAGCCCCGUCUCGCAAGAAAAGUCAUCCCGCGCACAAUUGCGUGCCACAAUGGCAACCAAUUGUCUCCAGGCCUCUUGUUCCCUUAUCUCUACUUUCCCGGAGAAAAUCGAUCUCGCCUGGCUUGCGCGUGUGACGCCUUGGUGGAGUGUUCUUCAUUUCCUGAUGCAAUCUACCACAGCAUUGCUCCUGGGAUUAUUGUAUUGCACUGUCGCACCAGCGGGUCAGGGACAAAAACCAUGUGAAUUCCCGACCAAUCUAUCCGGUGCCCCAUACCCGUCAUUAUUGGAAUCGGAUUUGAAUACCGCGCUGAAAAUGUCUAAGAAAGCCCUUUCGUGGAUGCAUGCUAUGGCUUCUGUGGAUGCGGCGGCACAUCGGGCGUUCAAGUUGUGUGACAAUGUUAUUAGAAGGAUUGGUCCCAUGCUCAAGGUCGAUUUGGACGAUUGGCCUAGUGCGUCGACAUUGGGUGAGGAAGUGGUUCAUGAGGGGGAUCGGGAGGGGGAAGAUCAUAGGAUGGAGGGGUUGGAGGAGUUGGUAAAUUUUGAAGCUGAGAAAAUUUGA